UUCAUUGGCCAGGUCAGGUCUGAAAGGAACAAGCUGUUGCAUGAAUUUCUUUGCACUUUCCAUCCAUUCAUUCCAUCCGGCAGCAGUGCAAAGAAAGAAAGAGUUGACGGAUGGACUUCUGUUACAGCCGAGUAAGAGCAGCAUUUAAAGUGUCUCUCAGGGACUGUCAGCCUGCUCUCUCUCUGCGGCCUCCUCCUUUGUGCUGACCAACUUUUUGCACCCAAUAACCAAGAGCCAUGGCCCAGCAACAGCAGAUUAGCUUACCAGCCAAACUGAUCAACGGAGGGAUUGCAGGCAUGGUAGGAGUCACCUGUGUGUUCCCAAUCGACCUGGCCAAGACCCGACUGCAGAACCAGCGCAGCGGGCAGCAACUCUACAAGAACAUGAUGGAUUGCUUAAUUAAGACAGUUAAAUCUGAAGGCUAUUUCGGCAUGUACAGAGGUGCUGCUGUAAAUCUUACUCUGGUCACUCCAGAGAAGGCCAUCAAGCUAGCUGCUAAUGACUUCUUUCGCCACCAAUUGAGCAGAGAUGGGGGUAAGUUGACCAUUUUCAAGGAGAUGUUGGCAGGAUGCUGUGCAGGAAUGUGUCAGGUCACCAUCACCACACCCAUGGAGAUGCUCAAGAUCCAGCUACAGGAUGCAGGGAGGCUAGCCGCCCAGCAGAGGGUGAUGCCUAGUGUGGUAACAACUCUGAAGAUGGGAGGGACCAGUGCCGUUCUUAGCCGCUCCUAUAACGCUAGCCCUCAAGUCAUGCGAGUGUCCGCCAUUCAGAUCACCAAAGAGCUGCUGAGGACCAAAGGAGUCACUGGACUGUACAGGGGACUUGGGGCCACACUCAUGAGGGACAUCCCGUUUUCUGUUGUGUACUUCCCUCUUUUUGCACAUCUGCACCAGCUUGGCCAACAUUCAUCUGAAGACCCAUCUGUGCCUUUCUAUUGGUCCUUUAUGUCUGGCUGCUUGGCUGGAUCGAUUGCUGCUGUGGCCGUCAGUCCUUGUGAUGUGGUCAAGACAAGGCUACAAUCACUCAAAAAAGGAGCUAAUGAAGAAACCUACAAUGGAGUAGUGGACUGUGUCAGGAAAAUCCUGAAAAAAGAAGGUCCCGGAGCUUUUCUCAAGGGUGCCAGUUGCCGGGCUCUGGUUAUUGCUCCGCUCUUUGGCAUUGCCCAGGUUGUGUACUUUGUCGGUGUUGGAGAGUUCCUGUUGGGGUAUACUCCCUACAACAUCACUUCUGCAUAAACAAGCUGUUUCCAAGUCUUUCUGCCGUCUCAUUAAAUUACGGCAGCUAUGCCCUGGGCGUAGCAAUGGGCUCAGCUCUCUGUUACUGUGUACCUUCUUUCUUGUUGGAGGUUUGGGAUAAAAUGCUAAAGGGACCAGAGAGAGAAGCCAUGUUAUUUCAGAAUGGUUUCAAAUUUAGCCUUUAGCUGGACUAUCUCUUAUCGCAGAGACUGAGACAGAAGCUUACCUGUUUGUAGGUUUCGGCAGAGCUUAUUGCAAGAAAAAGGAGCUGCUUCACCUUUUUGAUCACCUUUUUGUUCAGAAUAGACUUGGCUGUACUCUUGUACACCCCAAACUUGUCCUUCUAUUUUCUUAGAUUUAGCACCCCAUAUUAUUGAACCUUGACUGUAAUCCUAACUUGCACAUCCCUCCACCUGUCACAUAUCACCAAGUCUGAAUGGCAGGAUAUUGAAACUUUACUUGAACAUCUUUUGUGCUAUUUUAAAAGGUUACAUGUAAAACAAAGGCAUGGAUGUUGAUUCCAGUCUAUGUAUAUACAAUAUAUUUGUUUUUAAAGUAGAGGUAAUUUGCCAAGUAACUUCUUCCACAACAUGAUUUCCCCAUGGCAUCCUCUAAACAACUUGGAUGGGAAAAGAUCUGGGACAGAUUGUUUACGUGGUCAUAACUUGGAAUGAAUUAAAUUUUUGGACUGUCUAUUCACCAGAUUGCCACACUCGGAUUCUUUGUUGCAUUAAGUUGAGUAAAAAGGAGUGAUGAUUAUGAUUUCCGGAGUUACAUUUUCAGAAAACAUUGUGGCUGAAGUGCUUGUUCAGGGUGUCCCCUGCCUUUGCCCUGAGUUGGCUGGGAUAGGCUCCAGAUCCUCCGCAACUCUACAGCGGAUUAAACGGUGUAUAGAUAAUGGAUGGAUGGACGGACUGUGGCUGAAGUGAUUUUUACCCUGCACUAUGAAUCUCUUCUAUGGCAGUCUACAAAAUUCUGAUAAUUCAAGCUUGAGCUCAGUGGGUAAAUAGAUCAAUGAGGCCUUUUGCAGUUGACUUUGAAGAACUGCCUUUUUGUGGUAAAGGAAAUGGAAAGUGUUUGAUGGUCGCAAAGUAAAGCGAUAGCAGACCAGACUUCACUGAUGGAUUCAUGAAGCUUUUGGGACCAAGUCUUCUGAAAAACAGAGCAACAUCUCCUGAACAUGUCACCAUGUUCUCGUAGUUGAUUAUGGUUUGGUGGUCAGGAGCACACACAAAUGUGUCAUGUUAGGCUGUUUAUAAGCAAACCAGAGUGCAAUGUUGGUCUCAUCUGGAAAACCUCAUGGCUCAAAAUGCUUUCAGUGCUUUUAUCAAUGUAAAUAUGUAUCUUGUAUUAUUUUCACUUUUCUCAAACUGUGCAAGUGCGACUCAAACCGAGAGCAGCUUUGACCUUUCAACACACCAACAGCGUUCCAGCCAGUUGGGAAAAUAAUCAUUUUUUAAUUUCAUUUUGGAAUUAUGCAUGUAAAUACAGAUUUCUAAAUGGUGAAUAAAUAUUUAUAAAUGCUGUG